AUGGCUGAAAUUACUUUAGGUAGAUAUCUUUUCGAAAGAUUGAACCAACUUUCCGUUCAAACCAUCUUCGGUUUGCCAGGUGACUUCAACUUGUCCCUUUUGGACAAGAUCUACGAAGUUGACGGCAUGAGAUGGGCUGGUAACGCUAACGAAUUGAACGCUGCCUACGCUGCUGACGGUUACUCCAGAGUUAAGGGAUUGGCCUGUCUUGUCACAACCUUCGGUGUUGGUGAGUUGUCUGCCUUGAACGGUGUCGGUGGUGCUUACGCCGAACACGUUGGUAUGUUGCACGUUGUUGGUGUCCCAUCCAUUUCUUCUCAGGCUAAGCAAUUGUUGUUGCACCACACUUUGGGUAACGGUGACUUCACUGUUUUCCACAGAAUGUCCAACAACAUUUCUCAGACCAGUGCUUUCCUCUCGGACAUUGACUCUGCUCCAAAGGAGAUUGACAGAUGUAUCAGAGAAGCAUAUGUCAACCAAAGACCUGUCUACGUUGGAUUGCCAGCUAACUUGGUUGACUUGAAUGUUCCAGCCUCUUUGUUGGACACCCCAAUUGACUUGUCCUUGAAGGCCAAUGACCCAGAUGCUCAAGCCGAGGUUAUUGAGACUGUUUUGGACUUAAUUGACCAAGCUCAAAACCCAGUCAUUUUGGUUGAUGCUUGUGCUUCCAGACACUCUUGUAAGCCAGAGGUUGCUUCUUUGAUUGACGCUACCCAAUACCCUGUCUUUACCACACCAAUGGGUAAGUCUUCUGUUAACGAAGCCCACCCAAGAUUCGGUGGUGUUUACGUCGGUUCUUUGUCCGAGCCAGAUGUUAAGGAGGCUGUUGAGUCGGCUGACUUGAUCUUGUCUGUUGGUGCUUUGUUGUCCGACUUCAACACUGGUUCUUUCUCUUACUCUUACAAGACCAAGAACAUUGUUGAGUUCCACUCUGACUACACCAAGAUCAGACAAGCCACAUUCCCAGGUGUCCAAAUGAAAGAGGCUUUGAACGCUUUGUUGAAGGACAUUGGUCCUCACGUCACUAAGUACACUCCAGCUCCAGUUCCACAAAGAAGAAUUGUUCCAGGUUUGCCUGACAACUCUCCAAUCUCCCAAGAAUGGUUGUGGGCUAGAGUUUCUGACUGGUUCAGAGAGGGCGACAUCAUUAUUACCGAAACUGGUACUUCCGCUUUCGGUAUUGUCCAAUCCAAGUUCCCAAGCAACUGUAUUGGUAUUUCUCAAGUCUUGUGGGGCUCUAUUGGUUUCACCGUUGGUGCCACUUUGGGUGCUGUCAUGGCUGCUCAAGAAGUUGACCCAAAGAAGAGAGUCAUCUUGUUCGUUGGUGAUGGUUCUUUGCAAUUGACCGUCCAAGAAAUUUCUACCAUGGUUAAGUGGGAGAACACUCCAUACUUGUUUGUCUUGAACAACGAUGGUUACACCAUUGAAAGAUUGAUUCACGGUGAGACUGCUUCUUACAACGACAUUCAGCCAUGGGACAACUUGGCCUUGUUGCCACUCUUCAAGGCUAAGGACUACGAAGCUGUUCGUGUUUCCACUGUUGGUGAAGUCAACUCUUUGUUCAACGAUGCCGCAUUCAACGAGAACUCCAGAAUCAGAAUGGUUGAAGUUAUGUUGCCAAAGAUGGACGCUCCUCAAAACUUGGUCAAGCAAGCAGAAUUCUCUGCACAAACCAACGCUGAGAACUAA